UCAAAGCGACACAAAAUUUCAAUUUUUCCGAACAAAAACCAGAGCCAAACGAACACUUCUCACUUUCACUUCAAAACCCAACACUGAUUUGGGGCUUUUUCAAUUAGGGUUCUUCUUCAAUUUCCUGCAAUUCGAAGAUUUUGCUUUGAAAUUUGAACCCUGUCUUCCAAUUCAACCACUCUGCAACAAUGGAUCUUCCACCACACAUAGAAAAUUACAUCAAGCAAACCAUCGAUGAUACCUUGGGAAUCUCUGUACCUCCCCAAACCCUAGCGGCAAAGCUUCGAGCCACGCAAGAGUCUCAAUUGCUCCUCCGCGACCAGAACCUUUCGUUGCUCGCGAAAUUGAACCACAAAGACCAACUCGUCCAACGCCUCAAGUCUGAAUCGGAUAUGAACGCGCGAGCUUUGAAGAAGUUUGUUGAGGAGAAUAAUCGGCUGGCGUCGGAGUGUGAGAAUUUGGUGGCUGAAUGCCAGAAGUGGGAGCAUGAAAUCGCGCUCUAUGAACAUGAUAGGGACGCGUUGAUGGAAUUUGGGAACGAGGCUGAUGAACGGGCACGGGAGUCUCAGUCGCGUGUACUCGAGUUGGAGAAGGAUUUGAACUUGUUGGAGGAUGAAUUGAAUAAAUACAAGCAUCAUCACGAAUCGGUUGAUUCUUCUUCAGGCACACCUGUGGAAGAGAAUUUACUUGACUCUGUUUUGGCAACAUUUAUCAGUAAUGAUGAUGAUUCUGCAUAUGCAUUUUUGGUAGCAAACAGUGGAAAUGAGUCAUGUAAACAGUUACUUAGCAUGUGGAACUGCAUAAAACCAUCAACACGGAGUGUUUUGUCACUAAUUGCCAAAGUCAAGUCACUUGAGAAAGACAAGGAGCAUCUAACAACUAACCUCCACAAAGCUGAGGAGGAGGUAAAAUUACUGUUUGAGGAAAAUAUCAUAUUGGAUGAGAAGAACAAGAAGAUAUUGAAGCAACUCAAGGAAGGGAAGCAUCCGGGUUCUGGGGGAAAGCAUACCAGCAGCGCAUCUGCCAAGUCAAACAAGAGAAAGACCAGUCCAAGAACAACUAGCCCAAUGGAGAGGAAGAUUGAUUUUGGCGAAUUAGAAUCAGCUAGACAGCCAUUAUCACCCUUACGGCAUAACUCCCCGGACUGUAGAAUGGUCAAGAAGUAAUGUGACACUUUUAACAAACUAAUAGACGCUGACCAUGUUCUGACAGUGUUUCUGAUUUACAUAUGAGUUGAUUGGUCAAAGUUUUACAUAUCUGUUGAAUUGUUAGUGUUGAGACAUGAGAAUCAGUAUUGUUAAUCAUGCUUCUACGGAAUGGGAUCAACUGCUUCCCACAAAUAUAACAUGUCAAUUUCAUUGAAAAAUAAAUAAAAGCCUAUUUUCACUUCUUUUUUUGUUGCAAAAAGCCUAUUUUCAAUGAACCUAUAUGGUUUUGAAAUUU